AUGUUAUCUUUGAUAAGCUUGGACGGUUUGGAAGGAGAUAAAUUUUACAAUAGCGGAGGAUUUUGGUUGCUUUUUCUACUGAAAAAAUCGUCCGUCGAAAUAAUCGACAAACUUACACCUAUUCAAAAGUUUUACGACGAUGAAAUUGUAUUUUUAACUAGCGGAACUGGAUUCAUGGGAAAAUUAUUAAUCGAGAAAUUGUUAAGAGGAUGUUCUGGCAUCAGAUGCAUUUAUAUUUUGAUACGUUCGAAAAAAGGGAAAAAUGUUCUUGAACACUUGGAUGAAUUUAUGGAAGAUUCGUUAUUUUCCAAGUUGAGGAAGGAAGAACCAAAAUUCCGAAAACGAAUAUUCACAAUUAAAGGAGAUUGUAGCUUGCCAAAUCUCGGUAUUUUCAAAAUUGAUAGAGCUACACUCACAAGCGAAGUAUCAAUUGUUUUCAAUGUCGCCGCGACCGUGAGAUUCAAUGAAGCAAUGAAAGCGGCGAUAGCUAUUAACGUCCAAAGUCUAAGGGAUUUUAUAAAUUUGUCCAAAUGCCGAAGUUUCGUUCACGUAUCCACGGUUUAUGUCAACUGCCUUUACAAUCAGAUCGAGGAAAAGAUUUAUGAUCCACCGAUAGAUGCUGACAAAUUGAUCGAUUUGAUUGACCUUAUGGAAGAAAAAUUAGUUAACGAUAUUACACCGCAUUUACUUGGAAGAUGGCCAAAUAGUUAUGUGUAUAGAAAAUCCCUUGCUGAGAAUGUGAUAAAAAAGCAUGCUGACACGAUACCAAUUGAAAUAUUUCGUCCUGUAAUUGUGAUAUCGAGAACCUAUUCAAGGAUGGGUAGAUAAUAUGUACGGAACUAUAGGAAUUACAGCAAAUGUUCUAAUGGGAAUAAUAUGAAUUCAUCAUUGCGUUGCAUCGAUGGAAGAGAACUUGGUACUCGGAGUCCUGACGAUUAAUGGAUUAACUGGUAAUGCUUGGGGCAUUGCUAAUAAUUUAAGGUCACUCGGAAUGUAUAAGAAAAUUCACCAAAUGGCGGACGUUUUUGAUUAUUUUUGUACGAACGAAUGGAGGUAUACGAAUGAAAGAUGGAAUGAACUAAUGAAGAAGUUGACACCCGCAGAUCGUGAUUUAUUCCUUUGUGAUAUGAAAGAUAUCGUUUGGGAUAUUUAUUUUACAACAUAAGUUUCAAGAAUGAGAAAAUACAUCUUAAAGGAUCCCAUCGAAACGCUUCCGCAACCUCGUAUAAAAUGGCGAAGGCUUUUCUGGACCUAUCAAGGAUUCAAACUUUUUAUAGCCUGUAUUUUUUUGUGAUCAUAUGGGCUAUUUUAUUGAGCGUUCCCGGACUAUUUCUAACGUUACCGUCUUCAUGAUGUAAGCAAGAUUGUCAAAGAAAAUGUAGGAGGAAUAAUAAUAAUGUACUCUUUCACCAUAAUAUAAGUCAAUUAUUUCUUUUAUAAUAAGGGAUCUUUGUUAAAUGGUUUGAUGAGACGUAGAGAUACUUUUGGUAGGGGUUAAAGAUAUUUUAGAGAAUUUUUACUCAUAAAAUUUCGAGCAGGUUUGAUCUUUUUUGCGUCAUUUCGAAGGUCUGAUACUCUUCUACUCCUCAUGAUGGUGACCAUCUGUCGCAGGUUGAAAAGUGAUAUUAAAAAAAUAAAAAAAAAAAGGAAAAAGAUAUGAAUUUCAAGCGAAUUCUCAAUCUGUUCGAAUGUUACUAUUGAAAUAUGCGUCGUAGAAAAUGCACAAAAUAACAAAUGUACGAGACGUGGAUUUAAAAACUCUAUUGUUCUCAGAAAACUCAAAUAACGAUUUUUUCAAUAGUUUGCUGACUUUCUAAAUAACAAAUUUUUGAGAUAAAAAAAUAUAAUUUAAUUACUUCAACAAAUUAGUAAAAGUUUAAUACAUUUUGAACGUACAUUGGUUUUAAAUCAAUUGGUUAAGUAAUUUUUAUUUUUGUAAUUUUAGCCAUCAGAGUUGAGAAAUAAAUUGUUAAAAUUUGAAAUCUAAGUUUCUAUGGUAAAUUCUUAUUAAGUAUAUUUAAUAUAUUUACAAUUGAUAUAAAAUGCCAGCCCCGAGAAAUGAAUCAUCUUAAAAUUUCUAAUUCUUUUUUCAAUAGCUACUUUUUAUUUCUUUUUUGGCAGUUUUGCUCGUUUUUUUUUUAUCCUUUUUGUUGUACCUGUUUGGGGUGCAGGACAUCACAGACCAACUAUAAACACAAUUUAAAACAAAUAAAUGUUUGUAAAUAGGACUAGGGACGGCAUUUGUCAGUAGAUGAGAUAUGUAUCUUUAUAUUGCCAGAAGAGUUCUCAUUGUGUCAGGCUUUACUAUGGUCAAAGUGUAUUCGUAACCGGCCGAAUUAGAUUUAUGAAAAACUUCUUGAUCGAGAGGUUAUUCAAAGGAUAUCCGGAUCUUUAAGCACAUUUAUUUUUAGAUACAUUCGAAAAAAGAGAAAGUAAUGUUUCAAUGCACGGAGAAAAUCAUUAAAGAUCCGAUGGGUUUUUUUCUAAAUAAUAAUCCUUAUUCAACCGUCUUUUUUAUUAUUCACCGAUUUUUAUUAAUUAAAAUUUGAAUACGUUCCACUUUUUCAGGAGGUUUAGCAGUUACGAGUCUUCCAGAAUGAGGUUCGCUUUCAACUGUACGAUCACUUUUAAAUCUACUCUACCACUUUUAAAUUGACUCUAUAUAUCAUUCAUAGAUUCAUCGCCAUACAUUUUACGAAUAAUAUCUAUGGUUUCCGAAUACGUAUGCCCAAGUUUUUGGCAAAAUAUGAUGUAUUUUCUUUGUUCGAUGCGUUCAGGCAUCGUGAAAUGUGACGCUCACGAAAUAUAAUUUAAAAGUUAUUUUAAGGUGCAAAGUUAUAACACAAAGUCGGGAGAGUUUCUGGAGACACAGCACAUAUAUCUUUUUGUCACUUUUUCUUCGCUGUACACAUACGAAAAGACACAAUGGAACAAUUAUACACGACGAGUAUGUAUGGAUCGUACCGUGCGAUACACCGCUUGUAGCGGUUCAAGCUAUGAACACCUAUAACUUCGUCAAUUUUUCGAAUUUACUGACCUUGGCUUAAAUUCCUCACAAAACUUCAAAGUUAAUAAAAAUGUAAAAAAAAAAUCAAUUUUUUCCAAUCAUCAAGAGUAGCCAGUCUCCUUAAUCUUUUCACCCUCAUCUAAUCUCAACUCAUUCGAUCAACUUUAUAGAUUAAAUUGUCAUGAAGGUUAUUAACAUGCUAUCACAUUGUCUUAUUGUAUUAAAUCAUUCAGGUCUGUGCGAAAAGUAGGGUAAUAUAAAACUACCAGUAACUUAGGCAUUAAUAUUAUUAUCUACGUUUUCUAUUACAUUGUCACUUGCCGAUUGCUUUUGUACUCAUUUCUUGUGUUUCUUACAUAACAACCAGGUCAGAUAGGUUCUGCUUCUUUACUUCUGGUUUUUUGCAUCUUCUCUAAAUACAUGAGACAUAUCAUUCUGUUUAUUGUUCUGC